ACCCCUUUUUUUUACUUUUAUUAUUUAAUAAUAUGUGUUUUUGGAAGGAUAUUUUUAUUUUUAAUAUAUUUAUUGUGAUGUGACUCUUGUGCUGUUCCCACGGAUCUGAAGCUUCUCACGAGGACAAGAUCGAACACAUGUGACAGUGGCAUGUGUGGAUAAAUGUCAGUGUGCUUGAGAUCGCUGUUUGUUUUGAUCAAAAGGAGAUUUGCAACAGUGGAUAUUUGUAACAAAUUGUCCUUUGAAAAGAACUGGGCUUGAACACAGUUGACAUGGCCAACAUGAAGUCUCGCAGUGAAGAUGAGGAUGAUGAACGUCAUUCUACAGAUCCUGACAUCAGGGACCCCAAAAAUUCAAAAAAGACCCUUUGCAAAAUUAAAUGGUCACGGGACGAGGAUGAGAAGCUAAAGAAACUUGUUGAGCAACACGGAACUGACACUUGGAAAUUUAUAGCAAAUUUUUUCCCAACAAGAACAGAUGGUCAAUGUCAGCACCGUUGGCAAAAGGUGCUCAACCCGGAGCUGGUGAAAGGACCCUGGACAAAAGAGGAGGAUCAGAGGGUGAUCGAGCUUGUUCAUAAGUAUGGUCCCAAACGGUGGUCAGUGAUUGCCAAGCACUUACAGGGCCGCAUAGGCAAACAGUGCCGGGAGCGCUGGCACAAUCACCUCAACCCAGAAGUAAAGAAAUCCUCGUGGACUCAGGAAGAAGAUUGCAUUAUCUAUGAAGCUCAUAAACGCCUGGGAAACCGCUGGGCUGAGAUUUCAAAGCUGCUGCCUGGAAGGACAGACAACUCCAUUAAGAAUCAUUGGAACUCCACCAUGCGCAGAAAGGUAGAACAUGAGGGCUACUUGGGGGAGGGCAGUAAGAUCUACGGCAGUGACCCUGGCCAGAAGAAACGGACCAAAGCCAGCCCAGUGGUGGAAUAUCCACACAAACAGAAUCAAUUGAUCCUGAGCGGCCAAUCACAGCAGCACAGAUACCCGUAUGGUUCACAAAUGAGCCAUUGUAUGGACAACAUUACUGUCGAGGUCUUAAGCUUUGUGUCGCCGUGCCAUGAUGACCCAGAGAAAGAGAAAAGAAUUAAGGAGCUAGAGCUGUUGCUAAUGUCAGCUGAGAGUGAAGUCAGAAGACAUUCGGGCCCUCGUAAUCCAGAGAGUUACUCCAGCUGGUCAGACAGCCUCCACGAUGAUACUGUCACCACUACAGAGAGUUUGGAUGAUAGAAGAGGUGAGCUGUGUCGUUUAGAGGAGGGCCAGUCUGCUGCUAUGUCUCUGCCUGUCUCUCCUAGCAAGUUCUUGGCUGCUGAGGCCAGCGCUGUGCUGUCCACUCUAGAGACCAUACCAGAUUUUGCAGAGACCAUGGAGCUCAUAGACUCUGAUCCUAUGGCUUGGAGUGAUGUGACCAGCUUUGAUCUCUCUGAGGGAGGCUCCUCCCCAAAGCCCACUAACUCCGAUGGGGUUUGUCCAACAGUGAAUAGGAACACAGAAAGCCUUGGCUACCCAAUAAAUGCUCCCGCUGUCCCAGAUAUGAGCAGACAGUGUGCUGCCAUGAACCAAGGCAAGUCUGUAACUCUCUCCAAUACCUGCAUGAACAGGUUCAGCACUCCACCACCAUUUAUUAUGAGAAAGAAGAGAAGAGACAGAGGGGAUCAGUCCCCUGCAGAUGAAAGUAACUGCGGCCCUUUCUUAGACAACAGUGGAAUCUCACCAAAAAACACCCCUGUCAAAGGCCUACCGUUCUCCCCAUCUCAGUUUUUCAACAUAUCUGGUGGUGAGCCCUUGACCUUGGACAAUCCAGCUCUUACCUCCACCCCUGUGUGUGGACAGAAAUGUCUACACAAUACACCCCACCAGAGAGAGACCACACCAAAACACCAGAAGGAGAAUGCAGGUUUUAGGACCCCCAAAAUCCACAAGAACAGUAUGGUCCACACGCCAAGGACACCAACCCCUUUCAAAAACGCCCUGGCUGCCCAGGAGAAGAUGCAUGGGCCAUUAAGAAUUGUGCCCCAGCCUCUGGCGCUUCUUGAGGAGGACAUCAGAGAGGUUCUCAAAGAAGAAACAGGGUCUGACAUCUUCACACAAGAGCAGAAUCAGCUUCAGUGCAUAUCUUAUGAGGUAACCCUUGUAGCUCCUGCUAGGAAGGUGAGAAAGUCUCUGAUGUUGGACAGCUGGGAAAAAGACUGUCUGAAUGUACAGCUGUUUCCCCAACAGAUUUCCACCCAGCAGGCCAACAACGAGUGGGAGGCGGUAGUCUUUGGGAAGACAGAGGAUCAGCUAAUUAUGACCGAGCAGGCGAGGCGUUACUUAAACACCAACACCGCCAUCUGCAUUGCCAAAGCUCUCAUCCUUUGAAAGUCACUUCUACACUACAGCAACCCUCCCUCUUUCCUCUAUCACACCAACAUUUAACAUUUUAGACAAUCUGGGGUAGGAAACUCAAGCGUACACUUAUGUUUGCUAAACACCUACUGAUAUAACAAUGUAUUGCUUAGGAUAAACAGACUCAUAUGCUAGAGAUGUAGUCUUAGCAGUGUGCAUGCUGGUUGUAUUCCUGCUAAAAUACAAAUAGCACUAGACUUGCAGAAUUUAGUUAAUUAUAUAUAUUUUAACAUAGAGAUGAUUUUUACAAAUCUGUUUUAGUCAUUGACAGUGUGUUGAUUUUUAAAGGCUGCAUGUUGAUUUUUAAAACUUUUUUAAGAAAGGAAAAAAGGAAUAAAACUUGUAAAUUAAAUUUUCAGAUAGUUUUUACGCUUGUUAUUUACGAUAGUUUUAGACUAUUUUAUAGACUGGUGUUAAGGAUAGGGGAGCACUUGCAGUGUUGCACUACUGUGGUUGUUUGUUAGGGUGAGGAGCAGAGACAGUGUUGAGGAGUAACUGGAUAGCACUUGCAACGUAAUCGUUUCCGCUCCAAGCGUAACAAAGAUUCCACCCCAAUAAUUAUUUUGUUUUUUUAUGAGUAGAACACUCAAUGAAUGUAUUA